AUCCGACAGGGUAGUUGUGAUUUGGAAUAACUGAACAAGCAAUGCAUUUCAGGUUUCUCCUGCCGGCCAUGCUGGCAUUAGGAUCAUUAAUCCCAUGCUCCUCAGGCCCUCUUCAUGCACAAUGCAAAGUGGAAUGGUACUUUGGGCUUCCCUGCAGUUAUGUGUAUAAAGCCUUGGUCACUCAGAUUCAAAAGUGGAGGACAAUGGCAGGUUGUACUAUGGGUGGAGAAAAGUGUUUAUAUAAGCUCCUGUCAGCCUCUGUUCACUUCAUCUCAGCAAAGCACAUGGCACCACAGAAGAAAUCUGUGGAGGAUAUCAACUUCAGACUGGUUCCAUUUUCAUUCUUCACCCAUUGCCAUGUAUCAGCCAUGUCAGUCUCAGAAACCUGGUAUGCUGUUAUAGACCAUGGCACGAAUUACUGCAACCUCUACAACUUAAUAGAAGGAAGUGGACUGACUGGGGCUCCAGGUUAUAAGGAAAUCACUAGUGACUUCCUGUGCACACAGAGGUCCUCUGCCAACUGCACUGUUUACUGACACUGGCAUCCAUUCAAGCAAAUAUUUUUCAACAGUUACAGAUCAACGUUGUAGAUGUAUGUGUAUGUAUGAAACAUAAACUUAUUAAUUACUAUCUUUUAGUUUGUGCAAACACUAUGUGGCUUAUAAUGAACAUUUUGGAGAUUUUAAGAAUUUUCCCCUUUCUUUCCUUCUUUCUUUUUUUUUCUUUCUUUCUUUCUUUCUUUCUUUCUUGAAUCUACAAUUCAAUUCAAGAGGAACAUAAUAUUUUAGCUGCUUUCCUUUGCACAAAAGAAAUUGUAAGGGGCAAAUAUAGCUCUCAGUGCUGUUGUGGUGAGAGUGUCUUCAGAGAAACAUUGUUCUUUCUGACGCACAGAGCAUUUUUUUUCUUCUUAAAAACAUCAUCGUUUUCUAGAUCCACUCCCAGCCAUGUGGAUUGGAGGGCAGCUUUUAUUAGGGCAGCAAUAUAGUCAGCCCAACUCAGCCAUCCAUCAUAGAGGAUGCAGCGCGCCUCAAAUCGACACUGUGGCCUGCGCCGUCGCUGUCUGUAUUGAACAUUACCACUGAUGUGGCCUGCGCUGGCCUGAAGAGGGCAGUGUCUGCAAACACUCCAGCCCAUCUUUUACUUCAGUGUGGCACAAAUUGUGUGAUUUGUUUUUAUGAUUAAAGUUACAGACUUUCUAAAUGGUUUAUUAUUAGCUUUUAUUGAACUACCACAUCAUACUCAGAUUAAAAAUCUAUUUGAAAUAAGAAUUAAUAUAAUAAAAUAUGUUACAUUCUAUAUUAAUGCAAGAUUAUAAAAAAUAUUUUCUUUGUAGCUUAAUGUGUCCUGAACUCAUAUUAUAAGCAGUGACAGGGAUGUAGAUGCUGGAAAUAAAUGUGGUUAAUUAAGCUUUUUUUUUCCACAUCAGGCCUUUAAAAUGUAUAUAUGUACUAUUUUAUUCUUUAUUUCAUCAUACUUCUUUACCAUUUAUUCUUUAUUCAGGAGGUCUAAAAUUAUAUAAUGAAUGUUUUGCUAUUUACAAAAGUAUGUAUGCCAUUAACUGAGAAGAUAUGCAGUAUCCAUAAU